AUGUCUAAAGACGUCAUGCCGAAUCCGGCGCAUGUUGGCGUUGAUACUUUGCUAUCUAGGAAAUUUGGCAAGGAGACGGUCAAUUAUUUUUCUAGUUCCCCUUUAAAUCGGGUAUCAUUCCUUCGGUCCGACAAUCUGUUCUUAUCAAAUGCCCUCAAGCACCCCUCCGCCAGGUUUCUGCUAUUCAAUGAGCUUGCGCCGCUAUCUCGAAACUCUACAGAGCUACAUUACGCAUCAUAUCAAGAAGUUGAGUCGAUUAUACCUCUGGAUUUAUUCGACAAGUCCGAAAAGGAGAUCAUUGAAAGCUAUGACUCGGGCAAGACGGUUCCUCUGGUCGUAUUUCUGGGAUUGCAUGAAUCCCAAACAGAAAGUGGAGGAUUCGUAUAUAGAACCUACAAGGGAGCUCCGUAUUUUGCCCUUGAUGUCACCCCUCGUGGGUUACUAGAGGAAUCGGCCAAGAAGAUAAUCGAGUCUAUGGAGUCGAAGGGUCUUACGUUUAUCAAAGCUAGGGCAAUUACUUCGUUGCCCUCGGAUGAUGACUGGAAUGCCCGCAACGCCUUCUGUGGAGCAUGUGGGCAACCGACUAUUUCAACAAAUGCAGGCUCAAAGCGAGCCUGCCCUCCAACUGACCUUGGGUUAUCUGCAGAGAAAUCUCGUCCUCCCUGUCAUACUCGCAACACAAUUUCAAACCUCUCCUUUCCACGGACAGACCCAACAGUCAUUGCAGCAAUAGUUUCUCAUGAUGGGAAAAAAGUGCUACUUGGGCGCCAAAAGAGAUACCCACCAUGCUGGUACUCAACUUUAGCUGGUUUCAUUGAACCAGGAGAAUCCGUUGAAGAUGCUGUCCGCCGCGAAGUCUGGGAGGAGUCCGGAGUUAUAGUCUCUCGUGUUAUCAUUCACAGUACCCAGCCAUGGCCGUAUCCGGCUAACCUUAUGAUUGGGGCCAUCGGCCAGACUGCAAAGCCCGAAGAUGAAACCAUAUGUCUCAGCCAUGACCCUGAGCUAGAGAAGGCAAAAUGGUUUGAUAUUUCUGAAGUUCAGGAGGCUCUUAAAUCCGGGGUAUCCUCCCUAGGAGCGCCACCACCACCUGGGUAUACGGAAGGUGGCCUGCGGUUAGCACCUAGCACCGCAAUUGCGUAUUUCCUCAUUGAAGCUACUGCCAACGCUGAGCUUCUGGGAAAUCAAUAUGUGCCUAGGAUAUAG